AUGCUAAGAGGUGCAGGCCGUGGUAAGAUCAUAAGCAACAAUAUUGGCAAAGCGUAACAAUGGAGGGAGUUGACUUUUCAAGCUCAAAUCCAGUUCUCAUGAAUGUUAAGGAGUUCGCCAAAGAGCAAAUGUCGACAGCAGCAGUCCCGAAGAGCUAUAUCUGUCGAGAUCAAGAGCCUGAUCUUGGUCUCUCUGAUUGCGGUAUUAAUACCUUGGCUGCAGUGAUCCCCACAAUUGAUAUGGAAAAGUUGGUCUUCGGGGAGCCCACAGAAUGCUAUCUAGAACUACAGAAGUUGCAUUCAAGUUGCAAAGAUUGGGGCCUCUUUCAGAUUGUGAACCAUGGAGUUAGCUCUUCACUAUUAAAUAAGCUGAAACAAGAGAUUGAAGAAUUCUUCAAUCUUUCCAUGGAGGAGAAAACGAAAUACAAGGUAAGGCCAGGUGAUGCUGAAGGUUAUGGAACAGUCAUCCGAUCCAAAGAUCAAAAACUUGACUGGGGUGAUAGAUUCUACAUGCUGAUCAACCCUAUUCAGAGAAGAAAGCCACAUUUAUUCCCAAAGCUCCCUUCUUCCUUGAGGAACACCUUAGAAUCAUACUUCUCAGAGUUGCAAGAGCUUGCCAUGACACUUGUGGGGUUAAUGGGAAAAUCUCUGAAUAUAGAUAAGAGAGAGAUGGAGGAGUUAUUUGUAGAUGGGAUGCAAUCAAUGAGGAUGACCUGCUAUCCUCCAUGCCCACAACCAGAGCUUGUUGUUGGCCUUACCCCUCACUCCGAUGCCAGUGGUAUAACCAUCCUUCAUCAAGUCAAUGGAGUAGAAGGUCUCCAGAUAAAGAAAGAUGGGGUUUGGAUGCCGGUGAACUUCCUCCCAGAUGCCUUGGUUGUUAACGUAGGAGACAUUAUAGAGAUCUUGAGCAAUGGGGCUUAUAAGAGCAUUGAACACAGGGUAACAGUAAAUGCAGAGAAAGAAAGGAUCUCCAUCGCCAUGUUCUUUAACCCCAAAUUCGAGGCAGAGAUUGGGCCUUUUAAAAGCCUAUUGAAUACAAAUAGCCCACCACUAUUUGGAAGGAUCGGGAUGGAAGAAUACGUCAAAGGUUUCUUCUCUCGUUAUCUGAAUGGAAAGUCAAAUGUGGAAAAAAUGAAGACAAAAAUCGAGGAGGGCAACGUUAAUAGUGCUACCACUGCUUGAAGUCAUGUAAACCGAUCGUGUAGUUUGGGAAGUUAAUCAUAUAUAUAUAUAUAUUAUGUUUCAUGUUAUGGUUUCGUCUUGUAUAUAUCUAUCAUGAUCAUCAUGAUGUGUUCAAGCGUUAGCAGACGAUGAGACAUGUCUGGCCGGCCAGUACUGUUGAAAUAUUUCCAUGUUGUCAUAAUUGGUGUCGUGUGACAAAUAAAUUAGUCUUGUACAUAUCUAUCUUAUGUUCAACGUGUAGAAACCAGGCCAAGUAUAAUUGCA